UCUGUAUGUCUCCUGUCCCAUUGGGGGCCAAAUUAGCCUCUUGUGGGCAUGGGAUGGUGGCAUGACAUGAGGUAGAUGGGCUCAGAUCCCAGAUACAUUCAUAUCAUUAUAUAAGUUUAGUUAUAAAAGUUUAAUUACAGGGCAUCCUAUAGCUUUAAAUUCACAGCUGGGCCAGCAGGUAUGUGAUUGGAGGGCCCCCUGCUGGCUGAAAGCCCGCGAAAAUAAGUUAUAUAUAGAGCCCUCCUCGCAGCACUCGUGUCAGCGCAGCCUGGGGAUAGCUUCAGAAGAAUUUCACCUCUGACCUGCUCGUCGCUGGGAAGAUGUCAGCACCAGGGAGCAGCAAUAGACAGGCUGUGGGACUUGCUCCGACUGAUAGGGAGCGCAUAAUGAGCUGGAUACAGACAGCACGGCCGGAAGAACUGAGCCGAAUGAUGCAGCAGACAGGCAUUGCGUUGCACACCAAUGAGGACGUGGAGGAGGCGGCUACUCCUGAUUCAGAAGACGCCCCCAGUCCGUUAGGCAGACCCACUGUGAAGAGAAAGCUGGCUCUGAAGUGUUCCACACAGAGAUAUGCAGCAAAGACAAAGAAGGCUGCAAUAAAGACUGUUAACAGCAGGAAUGCCUGGCCAGCGAUGUCCCCGCCUAUGGCUAGCACUAGUCAGGCUGUGCAGGGGGAGUUUUUCCAGCCCACUGAGUCCAGUGGAAUGUUUAAUAAAACGCUGCCUGUUAUGUCUUCCCCUCCCCUAUUCUCUUUCCAGCAGGCACCGAGUGACACAGGCAGUGUGAGCAGGGAACAACCAGGACCCUCCAUUCAGCAAGCAGGCGACAUUCAGAGAAUUUGGAUUUUAGGACAUUCUUAUGUACACUGGGCAGAGCUGAGAGCACAGAUCCGGAAGGGUGCAGCAAAUUUAUACCUUUCAGAUAAAAAGUACAAAGUAAUAUGGAAUGGUAUUAGGGGCAUGAGAUGGGAGAAGCUCUUCCAAACUCUAACAGUGAUGUUAAAAACAUGGGGAUACCCUAAGGUGAUUGUGAUACAUUUAGGUGGAAAUGAUAUAGGGUUUAUAAAAACAAUCCAAUUGAUUAAGUCCAUAAAACAAGAUUUGUGCCAAAUUUCUUUAUUUAUGCCUGAUGUUUAUUUGAUUUGGUCUGAAAUUGUCCCUCGGCUGUGCUGGCAAUCCCAACUAUUAAAACCACUUGAGAAAUGCAGACGUAAAAUUAACCAUUCAAUUGCCAAGUUUGCAGGCAAGUUGAACAUAACUGUAUACAGACACCAUGAGUUAGAGAAUGGUUUUGAAGGAUUGUUUAGAGAGGACAAGGUCCACUUGUCAGAAAUAGGAUUGGAUAUUUUCAAUGUUGGACUGCAAAAUGCAGUGGAAAAAGCCUUGUUUUGUGGAGGGGGGCCAAGCCCAAGUUAAGGUUUUAACUGGUCUUGGCGUGGCGGAUGUUUAAAAUGUUAAUUGGCUCCUGGCCGAUACCAUGGCGGGGCUCAUAUAUACACUGAAUGGCAAGCUCUGCAAUUGUACGGAGCUGGGCUUGGUUAUUACUGUUAAUUUAAGCAGUGAAUGUUAAUGGAGUAAUUACAGAUGCUGUUUAAUAAACUUGGCUGUGGCCUUUCUCCACACAAAA